GGAGUUCAUAUUAAUCCAAACAUCGAGACAGGAACAUCUACAGCGAUUUAUCGACAACAAAUUCUCUGUAGCCCAUCGAUUUAAUUAACAGCAUGGCUGCGCAGAAGAUAAACGAAGCUCAUGAGCACAUAGCUAAAGCGGAGAAAUGCUUAAAGACAAGUCUGACAAAGUGGAAGCCUGAUUAUGACAGUGCUGCAUCAGAAUACGCCAAAGCAGCCGUGUGCUUCAAGAAUGCCAAACAGUAUGACCAGGCAAAGGAUGCUUACCUGAAGGAGGCUGAAUAUCACACCGAAAACAAGGCGCUUUUUCAUGCUGCAAAGGCUAUUGAACAGGCAGGUAUGAUGAUGAAGGAACAAAAGAAGAUGCCAGAGGCCAUCCAGUACAUAGAGAAAGCCUGUAUGAUGUACAUGGAGAAUGGGACUCCUGACACUGCUGCAAUGGCUCUGGACAGGGCUGGAAAACUGAUCGAGCCUAUAAACCUGGAGAAAGCCGUGGAUCUGUAUCAGAAGGCAGCCGGUGUGUUUGAGAAUGAGGACCGUCUGCGUCAGGCUGUUGAACUGCUGGGCAAAGCCUCCAGACUUCUGGUCAGGUUAAAAAGGUUGGAUGAAGCAGCAGUUGCUCUGCAGAAAGAGAAGAACAUGUAUAAAGAGAUUGAGAACUUCCCCAUGUGCUUCAAGAAAACAACUGCCCAAGUGCUGAUUCAUCUUCACAGAGGGGACUUCGUAGCAGCUGAUAAAUGUGUCAGAGAAAGUUACAGUUUGCCUGGCUACAGUGGAAGUGAGGAUUGUGUUGCCAUGGAGACACUGCUGCAGGGCUACGACGAGCAGGACGAGGACCAGGUCUACCGCGUGUGCAACUCACCUUUACUGAAGUACAUGGACAAUGAUUACGCCAAGCUGGCCAUUUCCCUGAGGGUACCCGGAGGAGGAGGGAAGAAGAAGAAGGCCGCGGCUGCUCCACAGGGUGGCGCUGGUGGUGCACCAGCUGCUGCUGAAGAGGAGGAUGAUUAUGAGGGCGGGCUGUGUUAGCCUUCAGCCUCCAGAGUGGCCACUCUACCCAUCUGCUGCUCCACCACUACACACUCUGCAUAUGAGUUAAAAAACCCCGAGAAAUCCUCAAGCUCUGAAGCCCAAACAGGCGGCUUGUUUGAUCUUUACUGUGCAAAAAGUUAUAACAAAAAAAAAAAAAAAGCAAAUUAAAAUCCCCAACAGUUACAGUAGGUGUUG